CUGUAGUCACUGGCGUGUAUAAGAGCGACAUUAAUGCUUCAAGUGGACAGAGGGAUGAACUAAAAUCCGCAUCAAAUUCACAAGAGUUUGGAGAGCCUGAUGAGAGGAAAAACUUCUAUGGUAAGGUUUUAAUUUCGUUCAACGGUGUACUUUAAGUAGAAUAAGCAUUAAGUUCUUACAUUAUGGCCGACUCCGAUGACGAAUACGAUAGAAAAAGAAGAGACAAAUUCAGAGGAGAAAGAACAGAAUCCUAUUCUAGAGAGGGCCGCAGAGAUGACCGAAGAAGAGAUGAUUGGGUUGAUAGCACCAAUUAUUCCAGAGAAUGGUCCAGUCGACCCAGGCAACGUCCAGAUUACAGAGAAUACCGUGGUGGAGGGGGUGGAGGAAGGGACAGAUACAGCCCUGCUAGAUCUCAAGAAAUGGCACCUCCUAUGAAAAGAAUAAGAGCUGAUUGGGAUGAUCGACCAAGAUAUGGGCACGAUUAUUAUGGAGGUGGAGCAGGCGGUGCAACCUCUUGGGGUCCCGAUCACUAUCCACCUCCACACCAUAGUAAUCAUCAUUAUGGAAACCAUGGUAACAGUAGCAGUCGAGAGGUUGCCGGUAACUUCAGCAAUUCCAAUGUUGAAACUCAACCUCCAAUGAUGUCGUUUAAAGCGUUCCUUGGAACACAGGAGGAUACGAUUACGGACGAGGAAGCAAUUAAGCGGUAUAAUGAAUAUAAAUUGGAAUUCAGGAGACAACAGUUGAACGAAUUCUUCGUUGCGCACAAGGAUGAGGAAUGGUUCAAAAUAAAAUAUCAUCCUGAAGAGUCGGUAAAGAGAAAGGACGAACAAGUGUCAGCGCUUAAGAAACGGGUCGAAGUUUUCUUGGAAAUGCUUGAAGUGGAAGAAAUAGACAAAGUUUCCGUCGACGCCGACCAAGCUGAUGCCUUGUUACAUCUGUUAGAUGCUGUGGUUAUUAAAUUGGAAGGUGGAACUGAAGAAGAUUUGCAGGUGUUAGAGGUAAAACCAACGAAUCCUCUUAUAUCGAAGGAUACGAAUAAGGAUAAAGAAGAUAUAAAGAACAAAAUUGGAAGCGAUAAAAAAGUGGAGAACAGCGAUGUAAGUAAGACAGAGGAAACUUCACCGGUAGAGAAAACGAAAAACGGUCAGACUGUAGAUAAUGAGAAGAGUUUGGAAAAGGAGGAAACUUCGAUAGAAGAGGCCGAGAAAUCAGAAGAGAAUGUAGAAGAAACAAAGAAGGAGGAUGGUAUGGACGGCAUAGCUAAACUAGAGGAAAUCAACGCUAAGAAAAGGAAACGAACCGAUAGCAACAGUAGCAGCAGCAGUAGUAGUAGUAGCAGUAGUUCCUCAGGUAGCGACAGCAACAAAGCUGACACGCCUAAAGCAGAAACUUCUGUGACCGAAAAGACAGACACGAAUAACGAAAACAUGGACGCGCAGGAUGGCAAAGAAGACGACCGCGAAGCUAAACCCGAUAAGGAAACGUCAGAGGCUAAGAAGUCCACGAUGGAACCGGAAGCUGUAAUCGAUCUAGCCAGUGAAGAUAAAGAGAAAGAACCUAGAGCGUUGCACAAAACCAGUAGCAUCUUCCUUCGCAAUUUAGCUCCAACAAUCACAAAGGCAGAAGUCGAAGCGAUGUGCAAACGCUUCCCUGGAUUCUUACGAGUUGCCAUAGCGGAUCCUCAACCAGAGAGGAGAUGGUUUAGAAGAGGAUGGGUGUCUUUUGAAAGACAAGUAAACAUAAAAGAGAUAUGUUGGAGCUUGAAUAAUAUUCGAUUGAGGGACUGUGAGCUUGGUGCUAUAGUGAAUCGAGAUCUGUCACGACGCAUCCGUACGGUGAAUGGUUUGACGUCCCAUAAACAGAUAGUCAGACACGACAUCAAAUUAAGUGCCAAAAUUGUUCACAAUUUGGACAACAGGGUCGGUCUAUGGAGCGACGAGAAGAAGGACGAUAAUGCAGCGAAGCAAGAAGAUGACAAUAAAGAAAAUAAAAGCAUGCAAAAUGCGUUUGGAUUGUCAUCGAAAAAUCCUGUACUGAAGAAUAUCACCGAUUAUCUGAUAGAAGAGGCAUCAGCGGAAGAAGAAGAAUUAUUAGGAAUGUCCGGUGAUCAAGAAGAGGGACAAUUGGGAGGCGACGGGGAUGGACCGAUCGAAAGAGACCCGACCUUAAUCAAGGUUUUGGAUAGAUUGAUUCUUUAUUUACGAAUAGUUCAUUCGGUCGAUUACUACAAUCAUUGUGAGUAUCCUAACGAAGACGAAAUGCCGAACAGAUGUGGAAUAAUGCAUGUCAGAGGUUCGCCUCCGACAGCCAAAGUAUCCAGCACAGAAUUAUCGGAAUAUUGUCGCAAUUUUGAGAACAAAAUGGCUGCAUUCUUGCAACCUGUUGCCACUUUAUCUCAAGAGGAGUACGAUAAACUGGGCGCCAAAAAUGCUGAAGCUGAGGUUGAAAAAUUCGUACAAGCGAACACUCAGGAAUUGUCGAAGGACAAGUGGCUAUGCCCGCUUAGCGGGAAGAAAUUCAAAGGACCAGAUUUCAUCCGGAAGCACAUAUUCAACAAACACGCGGAAAAGGUGGCGGAGGUGAAGGCGGAAGCGGAAUAUUUCAACAAUUAUUUGAGAGAUCCAAAGAGACCUCAGCUUCCAGAGCAUCCGGGGAACAAAGCACCCCCGAGGGAAACUACACGCGAGGGUUUUACCCCCUACGGAUGUAGCACAUUUGGAGGAUACGGAGGAGGUUACAACGUGAGUAGAGGAGGUUACGGAUCCAGUUACAGUGCGGGAUUCGGUGGAGGAUUUGGAAUGCCGCGUCCUACCCGCGGUGGAUUCAAUAGAGGACGGGCUGCACCGGAUUCAACUUCGAGGCCUAUUGUUAGUUAUAAUGAUUUGGACCAGCUAGACAUGGACAUGUUCUAAGUUUUAUCGGGUACACUGCUCAAAUUGUUUUGUAAGAAAUUUCGAGAAAAAAUAAUGCAAUAUUGGAUACAUGUGCUAACAGAUUUAUGUCUGGAUUAUGUAACACACUAGCAUCUAUCGUGUUACAAAAUCAGCACAUUUCUUUCCUAUUUAGUACGGAAUUAAGUUUACAAUUUAUGUACAUAAAAAGGAUACGGGAAUAAAGUAACGUGUAUUUUAAUUAAAAAGAAAAAUAUAUAUACAUAUAUAAAAGAAAAGAAAAAGAGACUGUUCAUACCGUCCUCUUUUUUUUGUUAAAGAAACGGAAAACAGAACAGAGACAGACACUGUAAUCUUACAAGAGAAGAAAUAUAUAACAAAUAAAAUUAUUUGUUACUAUAA